AUGGAAAAUGAUGCUAAUAAAAAUUUCUUUAGCACAUCCUCAUCACCCUCCACACCAACAUCUUUAAACUCAAACUCUUUCAUCAAUCAUAACACCAAAAACAGUCCUCAAACUAAGUGUAAAAAAAGAGAGAGAAACAAUGAAAAUGACACAAAACACCCUACAUAUAGAGGAGUAAGAAUGAGAGCAUGGGGAAAAUAUGUAUCUGAGAUCAGAGAGCCAAGAAAGAAAUCAAGAAUAUGGCUUGGAACAUACCCUACAGCUGAAAUGGCUGCUAGAGCUCAUGAUGUAGCUGCUUUAGCCAUAAAGGGUCAUUCAGCAUACCUCAAUUUCCCUAAGUUGGCUCAAAAUCUUCCAAGGCCUUCAACAACAUCACCUAAAGAUAUUCAAGUUGCAGCUUCUAAAGCAGCAGCUAUGGUUUUUGUGGAAAUUAAGGAUUCUUGCCAAGGUGAAAAUGGUCAAGAUCAAGUUUCAAGUUCAAUAGAGAAUGUUCAAGAGUCUAAUUCUAGUUCUCCUUCUUCUUCUACUACUACUACUACAAAUGAUGAUGAUAAUGAUGAUACACUCUUUGAUCUACCGGAUCUUUUCCCUGAUGGAAAAAAUGGACUUGUUUCUUAUUCUUCUUCUUGGCUCGAUGAGCAAUUUUUUUCUUCGUGGGAGUAUUACUAG